AACCCGAUUCAUAAAAGUAGAAAAAAAAUCUGUUAAUUAGGUUUAGUUUCGUUUCGUAUCAAUAGAUCGAUAGAUUAUAGAAACGAAUCAUCGUGCCUAUAAAGAAAAAAAAUCAAUCCCCUAAGUUUCAUGCAAAGUAAACACAAAAUUAUAAAUAAAACUCUUCUUCUCUCUUUCUUCUCGAGCUUGUCUUGUCUGUCGACUUUUCAUUACACAGUGAUUCUGCAUGCUUCAGACUGAGAUAAGAGUCACAUGCAUGGUCUUUUAAAAUCGAGAUUUAGUGACCAGUGAGGUCUCUCUCUUGUUCUCUGUUCUUGGGAGAACACAAAGUCAGUGUGGAGUCUGGAUAGAUUAUGGAACAUGGUUUGCCGUCUAUGAAGUCGAUCAAAUCAUUGAAGUCACUUGUUAAGAAAAGAACCAAUACUCAAGAAGUGAGUAAAUCCGGGUGGAAAAUGAAGCCCUUCUUGGCUCUCAUGUGUACAGCUCUUUUGAUCUUUUGGUAUAAAACCACAAAUAUUCAGUUUGAACAAACAGAGAUAGAAGAAACAGAUUAUCCUUUUGACAUGGCAAAGGAAUCUGAAGCAGUUAACGAUAAAUUAAAAGGCUUGCCUCGUGGAAUCAUAGAGCCUAGAUCAGAUCUUGAACUAAAGCCUCUCUGGUCAAGAAGUAGUCUGAGGUCAAAGGGUGUGGAAAUGACUAACCGUAACUUGUUGGCAAUAUCCGUAGGAAUUAAGCAAAAGGGUAAUGUUAACGCUAUUGUAAAGAAGUUUCUUCCGGCGAAUUUCACGAUUGUUCUUUUCCAUUACGAUGGAAAUAUGGAUAAAUGGCGGGAUCUAGAGUGGAGUUCAAAAGCCAUACACAUAGUUGCACAAAACCAGACUAAAUGGUGGUUUGCCAAGCGAUUUCUCCAUCCGGACGUUGUAUCUAUUUAUGAUUAUAUAUUUCUUUGGGACGAGGAUCUUGGUGUAGAGAACUUCAAUCCAGAGAGAUAUCUGAAGAUAGUUAAAUCAGUGGGACUGGAGAUAUCUCAGCCGGCUUUGGAUCAUAACUCAACUGAAAUACACCAUAAGAUCACACUCCGUUCUAGAACAAAAAAGUUUCAUAGGAGAGUUUACAUCAAGAGAGGCACUAAAAGGUGUUCUAAUUCGAGUGCAGAUCCUCCUUGUACAGGAUUCGUUGAAGGAAUGGCUCCGGUGUUUUCGAAAGCCGCUUGGUUUUGCACUUGGAAUCUUAUACAGAAUGAUUUGGUUCAUGGAUGGGGAAUGGAUAUGAAACUCGGGUAUUGCGCACAGGGAGACCGGACGAAAAAUGUAGGGAUUGUGGAUAGCGAGUAUAUCUUUCAUCAAGGCAUUCAAACUUUAGGUGAAAGUGUUCAUCCUGAAAAGAAGACCACAAGUCGUAAUGUUGGGACCAAGAGACAAGGCCACAUAACCUUUGAUUCAAGAACCGAGAUAAGGAGACAAUCGACAUGGGAGCUUCAAACUUUUAAAGAACGAUGGAACAAAGCGGUUGAAGAAGACAAGAACUGGAUCGAUCCGUCUGCGGCAUCAAGCUCGAUGACGAAAAGGAAGAGUAACGGUAAUAACAGAAGAUUGAGGCGUGGUAGUAGUAAUCACAGAGUAAAGCAUAAGGGAAGUCAAGAGACAUCAUCAACAACAACACACAAAUAGCCCAAAAGAAGGAUAUCUUUUAUACAUAUAGUAAUGUUUUCUUUAUCUAUAAUUAGUUCAUAUCAUUAAUUUAUUAUUACAAUUUUCCAUAGGUAGUAUAGUUUUCUUUGGGUUUCA